AUGGAUCUAGUAGUAGAUACAUUUUCAGGCCUGGGAAUCGACCUGGGAAAUGACUCCUCUCUUCAGCCUCUCUGGAACAGUGUCAGGCCCAAUCACAGGAACUCUUUGAGGUAUCCUCUUUUCCCCAUUGUUUUGAAUGUGUCUUCAUACUUUCUGUUCUGCCUCCCCAUCCUGACGUGUGACAUCAUAGGGGACAGAUGGCCAUGGGCAGAGUUCAAGAUCCAGCCGAGCCGGCGGCCAACACCUUCCAUGCUAUUGCAUUGUGCUGGCAUCAGGCUGCAUAACCAUAUGCUCCUUGUGCUUCCUGCAAGUGUGGCUCAGUGGACAUGGAGACCACCGGUGACACUGCCAGACCAAGUCCCAACUCUAGUGGAGCUCAUCACUGGAGUGACGGGAAACCUUCUGCUCUUUGACUUCCAGUACUUCAUCUGGCACCUGCUGCACCACUGGUUGUACAUCACUUUCCACCACCACAACUACUCAGCUCUCUUUGUUCUGGCUACACAAUGCCUGGGAGGGUGGAAGCUGGUCACAGUGUGCUUUUGGACCACCCUGAAUUCUGUCAUCCUGAGAUGCCACCUUCUCACCACAUGUGUCUUUAUGGUGCUCCAUGUCUAUGUGUCCGUGGAGGAUCACUGCGGUUAUGAUUUUCCUUGGUCCACAUCUCAUCUGAUACCUUUCAGUAUUUAUCGAGGGCAUCAUGAUGUGCACCAUCAGAAACUCAACAAGAACAUUGCACCAUACUUCAGCCACUGGGAUAAAAUAUUUGGAACACAUGCUGAUUUUAGUUUCUCUUACUCUUACUCAGAGCCGGUGACGAAUAUAUUCUUAUGAUGAAAUUCUAUGAAAUUUAAUUCAAACUAAAUGAUUAUGAGAAAUAGACCUCUUUAAAAUGAAAUUAUAUAUUUGAGACCUGUAAAUUAACUGAGUGA